UUGAGAACUCAAACCACACACCAACAUGAGUCUCGUAACCAAAUCUCUCUCAGUUUCUCUCCUACCCUUAUUUCUCUCUCUCAUCCCAUUGCUUCAAAUCAAAGCCCUUGUCCUUGACGCUACAACAUCCCUUAGUCUUGUUAACACUAUUAAUGUUGCUGGCAACGAGACCGAUUUUCAUGCAUUAUUGGCCUUCAAGUCAAACAUUUUCCCAGAAUAUCAGGAGGCCUUGAGCUCAUGGAAUGAAUCUCUCCAUUUCUGUCACUGGGAAGGUGUCAGAUGCAGUCGCCGACACGGAAGAGUCACCGUAAUAGACCUUAGGUCCAGAGGUCUAACAGGCUCUUUGUCUCCUUACGUUGGAAACCUUAGCUUUCUCCGGGAUCUUAGCCUCAGAAACAACACUUUUACAGGUGCAAUUCCAACUGAAUUAGGCAAUCUUUUCAGGUUACAGAAACUAGAUCUCACACGUAACGAUUUUGAAGGAAAAAUUCCAACAAGCCUAUCUCGUUGCUCCAAUCUUAGCGACCUUAGGGUAGGCAGAAACAAGCUAGUUGGAGAGUUCCCAAAAGAACUUACUCAUUCAAUGCCGAGACUCGUAUCUCUCGACGUUGCUGAGAACAAUUUGUCCGGAGGAAUUCCUCCGUCCAUUGGGAAUCUUACUUCUCUGGUAAACUUUGUAGCCUCUUACAAUCUAUUUGGAGGAAGUAUUCCAAAUGCUUUGGGUCAAUUGAGAAACCUAGAGGUACUUCGAUUGGGUACAACUCAAAUUUCAGGUACCAUCCCUGCUUCCUUAUACAAUCUAUCAUCGCUAGUUUGGUUAACCUUGGCUGGUAAUCGACUUCGCGGUAAUCUUUCGCCAAUGUUUGGUUUCAUGUUCCGUCACCUAGAGGUCCUUCAGCUAUACGACAACCAAUUUAAUGGCCCAAUUCCGCUUUCAAUAUCCAACUCUUCCCAGUUGGAACAACUCGAAUUGCAAAAAAACCAAUUCAGUAGAAAAGUAAGAAAUGAUUUCGGAAACUUAAAAAAUCUCCAUUUCAUAAAUCUAGGUUUUAACAAUUUUGAGACCAAGGGAUCUGAUGGACUAGCCUUUCUUAGUUCUUUGACCAAUUGUAGCGAUUUGCUUGUGGUAGUUUUGGAGAAUAGCACGUUUGGAGGGGUAUUACCGGACUCUGUGGGCAAUCUAUCAACCUCUGUCCGUUUGUUGGCACUAGGUCUAAAUCAAUUGUAUGGAUCUAUUCCUUCAGCAAUAGGGAACCUAGUGGGUCUUGAAAUCUUAGCUCUGAAUAAUAACCUACUCACAGGCCCGAUUCCCGAUAGCAUAGGUCAUCUUCGUAAGUUGCAACGGUUGGGCUUUGAAAGCAACAAAUUGUGUGGUCAAAUUCCAGACUCAAUUGGAAAUUUGUCAUUGCUGAUUAAUCUUUACUUGGAGAAAAACAGAUUAGAGGGGGCCAUAACCUUGAAUCUUGGCAAAUGUCGGAAUUUGUUAGAGUUGACACUAUCUGAUAAUAACCUCAAUGGGAGCAUACCAGGACAACUUUUGACGGUGUCUUCUCUAUCAAUUAGAUUGGAUCUAGCUCGCAACCGUUUGUCUGGAUCCUUGCCAAUUGAGGUUGGAAACCUCAAAAAUUUAGUAGAAAUCGAUAUCUCCGAGAAUGGUUUGACUGGUGAAAUUCCUAGCUCUCUUGGUAGCUGUAGUAGCCUUGAAAACCUAUAUUUGCAUCAAAAUUUCUUUCAAGGAUCUAUUCCUUCCUCAAUGAAAUCCUUGAGAGGUAUUCAGAAUUUGGACCUUUCCGACAACAACUUGUCCGGUCAAAUUCCGAGAUUUUUAGGCACAUUUGACCUGAAGAACCUCAAUUUGUCUUUCAAUAAUUUCGAAGGAGAGUUACCAAUGGAGGGUAUUUUUACAAAUACAAGUGCAAUAUCAGUUGCCGGUAACUAUAGGCUUUGUGGUGGCAUUUCCGAACUACGACUACCUCGGUGCACCACGAAAAGAUCAAGAAAUAAGAAGUUUCUUUCUUGGACGUUAGGAAUCACGGUAGCUUCGAUACUUGUUGGUGUAACCGUAGUGUUUUCUUUCAUCAUAUGUUUGUUCAAGAAGAAAAGAAAGACCAAACCUACAGUUUCUUUGUUGAAAGAUCCAUUCUUGAAAUUCUCUUAUGGAGAACUUCUCAAAGCAACUGAAGGUUUCGCUUCGACGAAUCUGCUUGGUUUUGGUAGUUUCAGCCGUGUGUAUAAAGGUGUUAUUGAACAAAACGGGGAGUUAGUUGUUGCGGUCAAAGUACUUGACCUUCAAACUUGUGGCGCUACCAAGAGUUUCGUGGCAGAGUGCGAAGCCUUAAGGAAUAUUCGACACCGAAACUUGGUUUCGAUCAUAACUUCGUGUUCUAGCAUGGAUUUUCAAGGUAAUGACUUUAAAGCUCUAGUUUACGAGUUCAUGCCGAAUGGAAGUCUAGAUAAAUGGUUGCAUGUUAUUCCUGAAGAAAAUAAUGGAGAACGUGAGUUCGUGGGACUCAAUCUUCUACAAAGAGUAGACAUUGCCAUAGACGUGGCUUGUGCACUCGAUUAUCUUCAUCACCAAUGCGAAAGGCCAAUUAUUCACCGCGAUUUAAAGCCGAGUAAUAUCCUUCUUGAUGAUGACAUGGUUGCCCAUGUUGGAGAUUUCGGUCUAGCUAGAUUUCGUGCAGAGCUCAACACUCGAAGUACUAGUAGUUCAACUGCAAUAAGGGGAACUAUUGGAUAUGCAGCUCCAGAGUACGGUCUGGGAAGCGAGAUGUCAACUAGUGGAGAUGUUUAUAGUUAUGGGAUCUUGUUGUUGGAGAUGAUAACAAGGAAGAGACCUACUGACAAAAUGUUUGAGGCAGACCUUAAUCUUCAUAACUUUGCAAGGAUUGCCUUGCCUCAACGUGUGAUGGAAAUUGUAGACCCUAUGCUCUUAACCGAGGAGACAUAUGGUAGCAAAAUAAUGGAAAAUCUGAUCUCCCUAAUCAAGAUAGGACUGGCAUGCUCUACAGAGUCCCCAAAAGACCGAAUGAACAUAAAUACUGCACUCCAUGAGCUUUAUCUGGUCAAGAAUAAUAUUUUGAAGGUCCAAACAUCGGGGACCCAUAGCUCGCAAGUUUGACAAAUUUGCUCGGCACGCUCUCGGUAAUUUAUGACUUUGUGGAACAUGCUUGAUGGCCGAAGAAGCCUGGAUGUUGUUGUUUUGUUUCCAUUAUGUAGUAGGAUUGUGUUUACUUAUAACUCAGACUUGUAUCUUUUGUUGACGGUUACUGGACUUGUGGCCAGAACAGUGGUUAUGCUUAUGUUUAAUUCAGGAUGUUUGUAAUAACUUCAACCUAUCUUACACUUAGAUCUUGUU